AUGGAAGCAUUAUUUACGGUAUCAGAGAUUGUUAUACAAUAUGUUAAGGCAAUCAAUCCGUACUGCAGUUUACAAACACAUUCAAAUAAGUUUACAGUUGCUACUAAACAGAAUUCUGCUGGUCAUUUAUUACGAACUAUUGGCUAUUGUGGCAUGAAAAAUCCGGAUUGUCCAUUUCGGUUUACGGUCGAUAUCCACAUGAACGGUGACGCGUUCAUCAAUACAAAUGGUGCGCUUAUUCAUGAAGGGCAGUUCAAAGCUCGUCACAUUCGUAAGCCAGAACGACAAGCAUUGAAAGAAGCAUUUGAACAAGGAGCCAAUCCAACCCUAGUAUUUCACAAACGUUUAGCGCAAAUUCCAAGGAAUAUUUUAAAAGCUGGAAAAAGUGUAACAGUAUAUCAGAAAAUUGCAGCAUUUAACGAAUCCGCUUCGUUCAGUAACUGUGUUAAUAGACUGUUCGAUUUAAAAGCAAAGUAUAUGCAACUACUCAUGCUUCACUGUCCUGUUCCCGGAAUCAUUCAGCGCAUAAGCUCCGAUCCAUAA